CAGCUCCCCCGCCGGACGGUUAGGGCCCUGCAUGGCGGAGGGACGUGCGAUAGGGCCGCGGAGACCCCGGAAGAUCGCCGCCCCCUCGGGGAGAACCGGAAAGUGUGGACACCUCAGUGAGGGCUUGGCACCCCAAGGAGGACACCCGGGAAUUUCACGUUCCUUUUACGCAUCAGACGCUGCGGGGGCAAAACGAAGCUGAGCCCCGCCUGCUCCUCAAACCCCUGGACCUAACCAACCCAGAGCACACUCCGGAGCCCCAGAGGCACUACCUCAACCUUUGGAACACACUAGUAAUUCACUGAUAACAGGGAGCCAUGAGGGAUCCUGUGAGUAGCCAGUACAGCUCCUUUCUCUUUUGGAGGAUGCCCAUCCCAGAACUGGAUCUGUCGGAGCUAGAAGGCCUGGGUCUGUCAGGUACAGCCACCUACAAGAUCAAGGGCAGCAGCGCUGGCAAAAUGACCGGGCCAGCAACUGAAGCAGAGCAGGAGAAAACCCCUGAAGGCGAUGAUGCCCUCCUCCAGUACAGCACCUUCAACUUCUGGAGAGCUCCCAUUGCCAGCAUCCACUCCUUCGAGCUGGACUUGCUCUAAGGCCAAAAUUUUUCUCUACCACCACCUUGCUCUCAUUGUCUUCCCUUUCAGCCCCUUCCUUUCCUCCCCUUUCCAAUUUUAAUCUUGCUCUCUCCCCUCCAUUGUGUCAAGGUGAUGCUGAUGAAUCUGCCAGAGUUGUGUUUGCUUGCUUGCUUAUUUAUUUAUUUAUUUAUUUAUUAUCUUCCUUCUCUGUUUCUCUCCAGCCUUCAAGACACAAAGUAAAGGGUUCAAGCAAUAUAAUAUUGGGUUACAGGGAUUCCCCUUUUUUCCAGAUAUUAAUUCUAAAACACAGACUUGAUGGGGGCACCAAAGGGUAGUACAGUAGUGCCAAAUGGAGGGCUGAUUUUUUUACUCCAUUUUAUUAACUUCACAGAUUGCCCAAACCUUCCUAGUGGACUGUUCCAGGCCAGUAAAAAUCAUCUCUUCAAGGGUUUAUAAAAGCCUUGGGAGUUUUAAUUUGGGAUUAUUUGCUUUGAAACAGUAGGAUUUCUAAAAAGCUAAGGUAAUAAGACUUGCUUUUUUGAUCCCUGCACUUGUAAUAUACUCUUUUCCUCAGAUAAAUUGGGGUUAGUCAAAGGUGUAAAAUAAGAAGAAAUAACACAUCAUGGAAAAUGAAAACAGGGGAAAGCGUUGGAUCAUUUCAGAAAUAGAAAAGUCCUUCCUCAAAAGGGUAUUCCUUCUAUAUUCACUUUAUAACUUUGCUCCUAAUUGUGUUUUGAAAAAUCAAGUUGAAGAUCACUCAGAUUUCAAGUCUCAAGAUGCAUUCUUCCUAUUUAUUACGAUAAUUUGUAAGGUUUUGAUUCAACCUUCUAAAAGGUACAGUGUUUCAUCCUUAGUAUUUUAGUCUUGUCCUCCUGUUGUAUUUUCAAUGUAUAAUACUGAUCAGUGGGCCUCGGGCACAGUUCUUCAGCUACUUUGAGGCUAUGAAAUGAACCAUCAUAUUUUGACCCUAAACCUUGUCCCCACCCCUCCCAAAUUUAUUGCUGCUAAUCUGUGCUGCAAUUUACUCAUUUAUUUAAUAAAGACAUUCAAUCCCA